UGUGGACCCAAUGAGAUCAAUCACUUCUACUGUGCAGACCCACCACUCAUGGUCCUUGCUUGCUCAGACACCUAUGUUAAAGAAACUGCCAUGUUUGUGGUGGCAGGAUCCAACCUCACCUGUUCUCUCACCAUCAUCCUCAUCUCCUACAUUUUCAUCUUUACAGCCAUCCUGCGAAUGCGUUCUGCAGAGGGGAGGCGCAAGGCCUUCUCUACUUGUGGAUCCCAUCUGGUAGCUGUCACUGUUUUUUAUGGGACAUUGUUUUGUAUGUACCUCAGACCUCCUUCUGAGAAGUCUGUAGAGCAGGGGAAAAUUGUGGCUGUCUUUUAUAUCUUUGUAAGUCCAAUGUUGAACCCCUUGAUCUAUAGCCUCAGAAACAAAGAUGUGAAAAGAGCAAUAAGGAAAGUUUUUAAAAAGGAAGUGUUCUUGAAGUAA